CUCUUCUCCCUAACCCUCAAGCACCUCAUAAGCCACACCAGCCUACGCACAGCGACCUUCUGUCGCGCACUGCGCGCGUGGCGGCGCGCCCGCGGCUCGUGCUCCGCCUUAGGAGCGGCGGCGGCGCGGGUUCAGUGCCUGCUGUGGGCAGCUGUGACGAAUACCAGUAAGAUGGACGUGGCUCAGACGACAAUCGACAACCGACUCAAGCACAUCCUAGGCCUACAACCAUCUAACGACACACAAGAGCACAAAUCCGACAAAACCCAACCUGUCUUCUUAACGCCACGCCACGAGAACCUAGAAACCAUGCUAGAAAACGUUGUGUUCAAGAAAACGCAGACCAGCCCGUCUCUGCCUUGCGUUUCGGUUCUGGCUUAUAAAAUGCCAGAGUUCUUCAAACAUAUGGACUGUGAAUGCUUUGGUUGCCAGCCUGAAGUAUUCAUUCUAGCCUGUCUUACUUCUGGGUUGGAAGCGUCCAUGUAUUUUAGAGCGAAAGAGUGGGAUAUAGCGAGGAAUUACUUCGAAGGCACUAUCAAAAGUUUUGGGUAUGCUGAAGCGAAAAUUAGGCAGUAUUUUAAAGUCGCUAGAAGUAAAUUUGAAGGGUAUGUAGUUGAUUUAGUUGAAUGUAUUGUGAGGCAAGAGUUUAGGGAUGUGCAAAUUGAGGUAUUAAUAGAAGCAGCCUUCUUUGAACUGGCUCAGAAAGAGUACGAGAAAGCGGACGAUUUGAUCGUUAGAAUACACGAAAUAAUGCAAGACAUGACUCAUAUAAAUGUCUAUCUAAAAAACGAAGUGAUGAAUUUGAUGACGACUUCAGCUCAGAUCAGAAAAAUCGUCAAGAAACCUUCUGAUACCGGACUUGAGAGUGAAAUGGAGAAUUUGAAACUGACUCCUACAGACGAAGAACCUAAAACGCCUUUGAACAAGCCCAAACUACCCCCCAAAAUGACUAAAGUGAUUGUUAAGAACGAAGAACUACCAAACGUCAAAAGAAAAGUUAUAAAACUCAAUUUAGACGACGCAUCAGACGAGCCAGAAGUCCCAAAACCUACAAGAAAGAGACCAGAGUUCAAAAUACCUGUUCCAGUGACAACUAAACCUGUUCUUGAAAAUAUCACGCCGCGUACUCGGUCCAGACCCGAAAUACUAGUGACAAAACCCACAGACGAUACAAAAGAGACCCCAAAACUUGAUAGAAGUGAAUUUUUCACUCCAAACUCGACGCCUGCAGAGCAAUUUUUCACUCCUAUGACGUCCCUACGAACCUAUUCUAAAAAAUCAUUGAGGAACAAUAUAGUGAAAAAUCUAGAAGCUGAGUUCUCCACGCCGAAAGCUGAUAAGGGAAAUUCGACCUUAAAAACUGAUGGGGAGAGGUCAGAAAUCCCUAAAGCUACAAGGACGACAAGGGCGAAAAUUGAAAGGGACAAAAAGACUUUGAAAAGGGCUACUAGUCCAGGUAAAUUGACUAAAGAUGUUAAGCCUACUAGGUCGAGGCUUAGGAAUCCAACUAAUUUUAAUGUUCAUGAAGAUUGAUUUAUUAUUAGGUAUAGAUCGUUUCAUCCACUCGGACGCGCCUUGCCAAUGUUAGGUCCCGGUCGCGCGGGGUGCGGGGAGUGUGGUCCGAGCAAUCCGUAAGGCAUUACUGUAGUGUGCGUGUGCACUCAUGGAGCAUUAGCGUGUACCGAUAACACUCAAACAUUCGCGGUAGAAUGGUGGGGCGCGUCUGAGUGGAUGAAACGAUUUAUAGUCUUCAAUAGGUAUUAAAAUUUACUACCGACGGUAUGUCUAACGUAGCAGUUGUUUUGUAAAAGACACUUAUUUUUUGCGUAAUAAGAUGAUUUUAAGUCAAUGAGUUACGUCCGAUCUGCUGCUAUACAGGAUGGAUCGAUAAGUGAUCUCACUCGAUUAUUAAACUGUACAAGAUAUCGAAAAACUGGUUACUGAGUUUAUUAUAAGUUAAAUUAAAAAAUUUAACACUUCUAAUAUUAAUCGAAGUAGCAUCCUUCAUGCACUAACUAAGCUGGAAACAGAAUUUUUGGAUAGAUCCAGUUUAUUCUGUAACCUAUUAUUGAUACCGUUUGAUCGAGCUCGUGAAGCACUUUCAGGAUCAGUAACUAGUUUUUCCAUUUCUUUUAUAGUUUAGAGAUAAUCGAGUGAGAUCACUUAACGUUUCUACCCUGUAUUAUGUCAAUUUUUUCAGUUGCCUUCGAGUUUUGUACUGAAGACGAAGUUUAAAAUUAAUUAUAAUUAUUUUUAAUAACUUGGUGCAAAUAAAAAGACUUUGUAGUGUAAUAAUGAGAUUUUAAACAAUGCAUUUUGUAUUUUUGUAACGACCAUUAUAAUCUGGAAUUGUAACAUUAGUUAUUAAUAGAAUAAAUUGUUUAAAUAAA